UGUGAACUGCCGGAGAUGCCGUGCGUAAUGUGUGAUGCUGCAGAACCUCUCGCCGGGUACGCGCGAAUGUACGGAUUUAAACGUAUUUCACGCGCUUCCCCCUGGUCUUAAUAGUGAGACACUGCGGUAAAAAAAAAAAAAAAAAAAAAAGGCUGCUCAUAUACGAGCUCCUCCUCUCACGGAAACUUUAAUUCAACUGAAUGAGUUUAUGAAUAUGCGCGUGUGGCAGGGAAGGCCUGUGUAACAGUCACGGGGAUUAUUUCUUGCGAGAGCUCGUCUAAGCCGCAUCCAUCCAUCCAUCCGGGAGGGACGUUCCUCUCUACAGGACACAGAACAGCCACGCUCUUCUACCCUCCUCUAUCACCUUUCUCUCUUUAUGGUGUGAUGUAGCGGUUUGAUUCCUCUGGAAACAAGGACUAAAAAAAAAGCACUCGUCUCGGUUCUCACACUGUUAUGCUCGGCUGUGACAUCAACCGACGACCAGCACAGAAACCCGGCUUUCCCUCUCUCUCAUGGGCGAAGACGAGGAGCGGUUCCGCGCCCCUUUACGCCGCGAAGGAAACGAGGAGAACGGUGACAGCGGAGCUUCUCGGGACCCGGACAGGGAGAGGAGGUACGCGGAGCUGUUCGAGCAGCUGGACUUGAAUAAAGAUGGCAGGGUGGACAUCGACGAGCUGAGGACCGGACUAGCGGCGCGCGGCUUGCACCGAGGAGAGGCCGAGGAGAUUGUCCUCGAGAGUGACAUCAACCAUGAUGGCUUGCUGGAUUUCCAGGAGUUCUCCCAGUACCUGCGGGCUCAUGAGAAAAGACUGCGGCUCAUGUUCCACAACUUGGACCGCAACAAUGACGGGCGAAUUGAUGUUGGGGAGAUCCAGCACUCAUUACGCAAGCUUGGAGUGGAGGUCACAGUGGAGCAGGCCUCCAGAAUACUGCAGAGUAUGGACAGGGAUGGCACUAUGACCAUUGAUUGGAAUGAAUGGCGUGAUCACUUCCUGUUCAACCCGUUCCAUAACAUGGAGGAGAUUGUCCACCACUGGAAACACUCUCAUAUGUUUGACAUUGGGGAACAUCUGACGGUGCCAGAUGAGUUCUCAGAGCGGGAGCGGCGGGCAGGUCUUGUGUGGAGGCAGCUGGUUGCUGGAGCCAUGGCGGGGGCUGUAUCGCGGACAGGAACCGCUCCUCUGGACCGCCUCAAAGUCUUCCUGCAGGUACACGGCUCAACGUCUCGGGGGAUUAAUCUGUGGUCCGGCCUGAGGGGUAUGGUCCAGGAGGGAGGCGUCUUUUCACUCUGGAGAGGAAAUGGCAUCAACGUCCUCAAGAUUGCCCCUGAGUCCGCCAUUAAGUUUAUGGCCUAUGAACAAAUCAAGUGGCUGAUCCGAGGCAGUAAAGAGGGCGGUAGUUUAAGGGUGCAGGAGAGGUUCAUUGCUGGCUCUCUGGCAGGUGCUACUGCCCAGACCAUCAUCUACCCCAUGGAGGUGCUGAAAACUCGUCUUACAUUAAGGAAGACGGGACAAUACUCAGGUAUGGCUGAUUGUGCCAGGCAGAUCCUGAAGACAGAGGGCGUCCGAGCUUUCUACCGGGGCUACUUACCAAAUACCCUGGGCAUCAUCCCCUAUGCUGGAAUCGACUUGGCCGUGUAUGAGACUCUAAAGAACGCCUGGCUCCAGCGGUACUGUGUAAAUUCAGCAGACCCAGGAGUUUUGGUCCUGCUGGGCUGCGGUACCGUCUCCAGCACCUGUGGUCAACUGGCAUCCUAUCCCCUCGCUCUCAUCCGGACACGCAUGCAGGCACAAGCCAUCACUGAGGGUAAACCCAAGCUGACCAUGGUGGGCCAAUUCAAAUACAUCAUAUCUCAUGAAGGUGUACCGGGCCUGUACCGGGGCAUCACCCCCAAUUUCCUGAAAGUCGUUCCUGCAGUCAGCAUCUCCUACGUGGUGUACGAGCACAUGAAGAAGGUCCUCGGAGUGGGUUACUAGGCUUCUUUGACUGCUACUAGACUAUGAAGGACAAACGUACUAAAGCAACACAGAAGUGAAAGGCUUGUGAGAAGAACCACGGGAGAGGUGAGGAUUCUGCUCCUCAAACCUCCGAAGAAAGCAAACCAAGUCUAGGAGUAUGAGCGAAAAGGUCAUUUCACAGAUACUGCACUUUCUGCUGACAUGCUCAGGUUCAAGCUUGUGUAGUUUGUCGGUAGAUUCCUUCUCAUAGCUGAGGAAUAUGGAUAAGAGAAGGAGGCUAAUGUUGGCUUGUCUGUCUGUUGGUUAUAUAGCCAACCAUGUCUUUUAUCUGGGUCAAGACCAAACAGUCUAGCAAUGACAUUGACAUGAAUGAUUUAGAGGGGUUCAGAUUCACUUAUCAGUUUUAGUGCUCAUCAGACUGCACGACGUUGCACAGCACUCUUGUUCAUUUGCGCAAUUGUGAGGUAAACAGUCAAGUUACUUUAUUCACACUACAAAAUCGUGUACAAGCCAUAUGGUCUGUGGCAGAAACAGUGUCGCUGAAGCCUCAAUCUCAGUAGUCAAAAGGUUUAGGCAGGUCGUAAUGCAACAGGGUUGUUUUAUUCUGGGUGUGUAUUGAUCUCUUCAGGCCUGAACUCCACAGUGGAGUUGCGCAACUCUUUCUGUGUCCACAAUGUGACGUUAGAGAGCUAACUAUAUCAUGUUGCUGUAAAUCAUACAGUAUGGAGAAAAACAGCAUGUACAUUUUGUGUAGAUCAUGUUGCCAGGUUAGGGUUUGUUCAUGUUGCGAGUAGGUGGCACUGCGACGAUCAGUUGUUCAUGCAUGGACCUUUACCAACUGGAAGCCAUUUGAGUGAUCUAGCAGAGCACUGCUAUUCGCCAUGCCAUCUUUGUAACAGCAUUCAGUCAAGAGUCACAGUUGUGAUAUCUGUAUCUUUGUGCGCAGGACAAGCCAACAGCAUAUUGCUCCAUCUAGACUAGUGCAAAUUACCCCACGCUCGCUUCAACUGUGGGAAAACAGUAGAAAUGUAUUGUUUAGAGAUGGACAGAAAAAGACUUAAAGCACUUUCAUUAAUCUCUUCCUCUGUUACCUAGUAAGCAGUAAGUUGCUGCUUCUUUCCAGUAAACAUUGUACUACUCUACUCCUCUAUGCCAGCAGCAAACACAUCGUGAAUCCAUUAAAGACAACCGGGUUCACAUUUUCCCCACAUCAAAGGUCUUGUUGGCUUACUUCGGGACUAUACUUUACCCCUCACAUCUCAUUUAUUUCGUCUAUUUUCACCUACGGAAUACUUGUAGAAAUCCCAAUAAGCGUCUCCACUUCUUCAGGAUACUAUUACACCCAUUCAGAUUCAGUUCCACUUGCCUCGACUUCGUCACCACCGACCUCUUCCAUCCUUAAACCUCUUCCCAUGUUUUACAGCCUUCUUCUCUGCUGUCCGUCCCUACUUUUAGACCAUUUCUCUGAAAGCUGUUACCACUACGCAUCCAUUAGCUGCAAUCUGCAGUUGUCGUAAUGUACCGCAUUUCUUCAAAUUUCUUCAGUAUAUUACUUCAAGGAGAUACAAUAAUAAGAAACUGCUGUGAAUGAGCUGCCAGUUGUAAAGGCCUACUCACGACAUAUUUCCUAAAGAGUGCAAUACCCUUUCAAACCAUUACUGAUCAGAACUGGGUCCCUUAUUAAAUAGUUAAAGGGCUCUUAAGGGUAAAGAAUGCAAAUUAUGAUAUGAGAUGUGAUAAGUGGCCUUUAGUGUCAAAGAGGCUAAAAGAAAAUGUGAAUUCCAACUAAGGCGCAUGGUUUUUCUUUUUCUAACCGUCAUAUCAUGAAGCUAGUCGCAAAUUUACUGACGUUCAUCCUCCAGACAAAGUAGUAUUUACCUCAAGUUGCUGACAGAAAAUAACUAUUUAAUAUGUAAGCUGUGAAAAAGCUAAUCAGGGACUGUGCACAAAUUACUAGGAGGUCUUGGGGGUUGGUAAUUUAAUAAAAAAUAUUCUAUUUUAAAGUGCUGGGAUGUUCGUUUUAUAAAAUAAAAUAUAAAGUCAGCCCCCUGCCUAUAUUAGUAAUUUUUGUAUUGUCCCUAUCUUGUGUCGGGAUUGUUUUAAUAACAAUUUUUAGCUUUUUUAACAAGCUUUCUUGCUAACCUUGACUAACUUCAGUUCAUGUUAUGAUGUAGAGAACAGUGAGUUUAGGAUCUGUCCAGAAUCUAUCCACUUAAGCGAGUGAACGCGCAGCUGUAAUAUUAGCCUCGGCUCAAUGUUGACCAACAUGAAACUGGAACCCUGUGUGUUUUGUGAGCCGCACUUAUUGCAUGGAAAGUUGUACGAUUAGCCAUCCUCAAUAACCUGAAAAAGAAAAAAAACUUCUAUUCUUAUAUUUUGUAAACGUGAGGCAUAUUAAACUAUUUUCUAUACCUUUCUUCCUUGCAAUGAAGCUUCGGCCAAAAGACUUUUGCAAGCAAAAGAAUAUAAGAGUGGAAUCUACAAUUUCAUGAGAGUUGGAUGGAUUGUGCAUGAUUCCUAUCAUAUUUAAAUAUAACUUGAAUUUGAACUGUACAAAAAAUCCUUUCUAUUGUAGUUUAUGGGUGCAGUUCUGAAGCAGCUGCAUGUGAAGUGUAAAAGGAGGGGUGUGACACUCCUACAUACAUCUACACGCUGAAUGUCAUUAUUUGCAUAGUGGAAAAAGACAUAUAUCUAUAUUAUUAUGCUUAUGAAUGCCUGUUCCAUUAUUGAGGGUUUUUUUUUUCUUCCUUUGCAAGCGUACUUGAAAUAAUGAGAGCUUGUUGCCACUGGGGCCUUGCGAGCAUGACGUACAAUAUUUUUCAGCAUGGGUGCAUGUUCCUGGGCCGUUUGUGAAAGUGUAAGCAGGCUAGAUUCAGUGUGUGGGAACUGCGAUGCCUUUCCUCUAUAUGAGCUAUUUUCAAAAAAAAAGUUUAAAAAAUAUACAGUAUAUACAGAGCUGUUGUAGUGCGAGUUUGACAACGAGCAAAAAAAAAAGAGCUUUCUAGUUUUGAUAAAUCAUCCGUUUGAUUUGAAUGUGUAUGUGCACUUUACAUGCCUCAACGAUGGAAUUAAAUCUGUGACACUGUACGAAGGAGCGCUGUCCCAUCCAAAAUGGACGUGCUAUGUCUUCAUCCAAGAUUUAUUUGGCCAUAAAGCUGCUCUAAUUAAUUUGUGGCCACUUGGGGCGAGUGCAACAAACUGACAUACUAUUGCUUUCUAGUGAUUAUAGUGAGCAUGUCAGCAAACAGUUAAGUAAUAUAUGAACUAGUCCAGUGUUUUUUGUUUUUUUUUAAUUAUUAUUAUUAUUACUGUUGCUCUGGUUCUGGUCUCCUCCGCCUAUUGAGAAAAAUAUGUCUCUUAAUGUACUGCUAAGGACAUUAUAGACAUAUUCUAUGAUAUUUUAAACCAAUCUUUUAUUGUAAUUUACUGUAAACAUACUACUGUUCAAUUAAGCUGUAAUUCCCAACAUAUUUUGUAGAACAAACUCCCAGAGGCCUGUCAGCUGAGCUCCAGAAACCUUCCAUCAAGACCAUUUGCCAUGUUCCAAACGUGUUUAUUUGAUUUGAUUUUAAACUGAAUGCUACUAAACACUAUUAAAAAUAUUUAAAAGUCA